AUGCCGUCAGAUUCAAAAGAUCCUUCAUUACAUCCUCAUAAAGAACAAAGUUUCAAACAUUUUGUAAAUAAAUUAAAAGGUCAACCAGAUUCAUAUGAAAGAAAAACAAGAUAUGUAUUUGGUAGAACAUUAGGAGCUGGAUCGUUUGGUAUAGUAAGAUAUGCAAGAGAUCGUGAAACUGGAGAAGAUGUUGCAGUUAAAAUUAUAUUAAAAAAAGCUUUAAAGGGAAAUGAAGAAAUGAUUUUAGAUGAAAUGAAGUUAUUGGAACAAUUACAUAAUCCUCAUAUUGUUGGAUUUAGAGAUUGGUUUGAAAGUAAAGAUAAAUUUUAUUUAGUAACUCAAUUGGCAACUGGUGGGGAAUUAUUUGAUAGAAUUAUUAAACAAGGGAAAUUUACCGAACAUGAUGCUUCAUUAGUUGUUAUACAAAUGUUGGAAGCAAUUGAAUAUUUACAUAGUAAAAAUAUUGUUCAUCGAGAUAUUAAACCUGAAAAUGUAUUAUAUUUAACUGAAGAAGACAAUAGUCCUAUAGUAUUGGCAGAUUUUGGAAUUGCUAAAAGAUUACAAGAUGCAAGUGAAAAAUUGACGUCUUCUGCUGGUUCAUUUGGUUAUGCUGCUCCAGAAGUUAUAUUGGGUACUGGUCAUGGGAAACCUUGUGAUAUAUGGUCUUUAGGUGUAGUUACAUAUACAUUACUUUGUGGUUAUUCACCUUUUAGAUCAGAAAAUGUAUCAGAUUUUAUAAGUGAAGUUAAAAAUAAUAAUGCAGUAAUAUUUCAUGCUGAUUAUUGGAGAGAUGUUUCAAAAGAUGCAAGAAGAUUUAUAAUAAAAACAUUACAAUAUAAUCCAGAAAAUAGACCAACAGCAACUCAAUUAUUAAAUGAUCCAUGGUUAGUAUCUAUAGCUCAAAAACAUAAAGAAACUGACUUAUUACCUAAUCUUAAAGAAGGAUUUGAUGCUAAAGCUAAAUUUAGACAAGCUAUUGAACUUGUUAAAUUACAAAAUAGAAUUAAUAAAUUAAAACAAAUGCAAACUGAAGAAGAUGAUGAUCCAAGUGAAAUUAAUUUAUUUAAUGAAGAAGGUAAUGUUACUAAAAAAGAUGAUGAAAAAAAUAUUGAUGCAUUAUCAAAUUGGUCAAAAUUUAGUGAUGCUUUAAAUUCUUCUAAUCAAAAACAAGAUCCAAAUCGUUCAAAAGCUUCUUUGUUAACUCCAAGAAAUACUAAACCAAAUGCUGCUUCUAAUGCUUUUGUACAAUUAGUUCAUGCUGCUUCAAAGAAUAAAGAAAGAGUUUCUGAUUAUAAAGAAGAAGAUGAAAAAGAAGAAGAAGAGGAAAAAGUGUGA